CAGUGCUCUCAUUGGACAUCCGGGCUCUCUACUUGUCUGGGAACAGGCUGCAGAGCAUCCUGGCCUCUCCCUUGCGCUUUUAUGCAGCUCUUCGUCACCUGGACUUAAGUGUCAAUGAGAUAAGCUUCCUCCAGCCAGGAGUCUUCCAGGCCCUGCCCCACCUGGAACACCUCAACCUAGCCCACAACCGGCUCGCCAUGGGCAUGGCACUGAACAGUGGAGGUCUGGGCCGCCUGCCCCUUGUGACCUCCCUGGACCUGUCUGGGAACAGCCUGUAUGGUAGCCUGGUGGAGCAGCUGUUGGGUGAGGCCCCGAGCCUGCACACCCUUUCACUGGCAGAGAACAGCCUCACUCGCCUGGCACGCCACACCUUCUGGGGCAUGCCAGCCCUAGAGCAGUUGGACCUCCACAGCAACAUCCUGAUGGACAUUGAGGAUGGCGCCUUCGAGGCCCUGCCCCAGCUGACCCACCUCAAUCUCUCCAGGAACUCCCUUACCUGCAUCUCGGACUUCAGCCUCCAGCAGCUGCAGGUACUUGACCUGAGCUGCAACAGCAUUGAGGCCUUCCAGACGGCCCCGGAACCCCAAGCCCAGUUCCAGCUGACAUGGCUAGACCUAAGGGAGAACAAGCUGCUCCAAUUCCCGGACCUAGCCGCAUUCCCAAGACUCAUCUACCUGAACAUAUCCAACAACCUCAUUCAGCUCCCUGCAGGGUUGCCCCAGGACAGUGAGGACCUCCAUGCACCCUCUGAGGGCUGGUCAGCCUCUCUACUGUCCAACCCCAACCGGAAUGCCAGCGCCAAUCCCCUCUCCCAGCUCCUGAACCUGGAUUUGAGUUACAAUGAGAUUGAGCUGGUCCCUGCCAGCUUUCUGGAACAUCUGACCUCCCUGCGCUUCCUCAACCUCAGCAGAAACUGCCUGCGAUCCUUUGAGGCCCGACAUGUGGGCUCCCUGCCCUGCCUGGUGCUUUUGGACUUGAGCCACAAUGUGCUGGAAGCAUUGGAACUGGGCACCAAAGUCCUGGGGUCCCUGACGACAUUGCUUCUGCAGGACAAUGCCCUGCAAGAACUGCCACCCUAUACCUUUGCCAGCCUGGCCAGCCUGCAGAGGCUCAACCUACGGGGAAACCAGGUCAGUCCCUGUGGAGGACGAGUAGAACCAGGUCCCCCAGGCUGUGUGGACUUCUCUGGGAUCCCCACCCUUCAUGUUCUGAACAUGGCAGGGAACUCAAUGGAGAUGCUCAGGGCAGGCAGCUUUCUCCACACCCCACUUACGGAGCUGGACCUCUCUGACAAUCCUGGUUUGGAUGUGGCCACAGGAGCCUUGGUGGGCCUGGAGGCAUCCUUGGAGGUACUGAAACUUCAAGGCAAUGGACUGACUGUCUUGAAGGUGGACUUGCCAUGCUUCCGCCGUCUCAAGCUCCUUAACCUUUCUGAGAACCGCCUCAGCCACCUGCCUGCCUGGACACAGGCUGUAUCCCUGGAGGUGCUGGAUCUGCGGAACAACAGCUUCAGCCUCUUGCCAGGCAAUGCCAUGGGUGGCCUGGAGACCAGCCUCCGGCGCCUGUAUUUGCAGGGCAACCCACUCAGCUGCUGCGGCAACGGCUGGCUGGCAGCUCAGUUACACCAGGGCCGAGUGGACGUGGAUGCUACUCAGGACCUAGUCUGCCGCUUCAGCUCCCAAGAGGAGGUGUCCCUGAGCCACGUGCGUCCAGAGGAUUGUGAGAAGGGGGGGCUCAAGGACAUCAACCUCAUCCUCAUCCUCACCUUCACAGUGGCCUCUGCCAUCAUCCUCACCACACUGGCCACCUGCUGCUUCCUCCGCAGGCAGAAGUUCAGCCAACAAUACAAAGCCUAGGAGAUCCUCUUCCCACUCAGUGUGGAAGCCAGAGGGGCAGAGAAGCUGAGGUCUGACUCAGGUUACACAGUGACCAGGGCCUCAGCUUCCUGCAUCCUGCAACAUGGACAGGUAGUUGCUUCCUAGGUUGCAGAUGUGGUCCAGCUGUGGAGCCCAAGGUGGUGCAGUUUUCAGAGGAUACCAACAGGUCUCCACUGAGCAUCCCUUUCAGGCCUUACCUUUCUCUGGGCACUAGUGAAUGAAGCACGUGCCUAUCCUCCGAGACCGUGACCAUGAAGUGUGAUGGGACUGAGGUGGGGGAGGCCCUGGGCCCCCAGACCUGCAGUCCCCAGCUGGUCAUGGAAGAGUCAACCCUGGCUGGCUGUGUUUGUGCAAGAGAGAGCAGAGCCCAAGAGAUGAUUUGUCUAAACCGUUUCCACACAGAGCUCUGUCACAUCUGCUGAUAAUGACUCUCAGCCUCUCUGGAAAUGAAGAACUUGUGACCGGAAGAGAGAGCCAGAACCUCCCCCAAAGGCCUUGAAUCUGGGCUCCUAGGCCAGAUUCUCAAGUUCCAGCUGAACCAGCUUAAAGUGUGGUCACCUGGACUUCCAGCCAGGCCCAGGGUGGUCUGUGUCCUGCCCUGGACAGGCCCUUCACCCCAGUGUACUCUCCUGUUACACACAAUGACCCCAGUGCUGCCUGGAUUCCCAGUCCCCAGCUCAGGCCUCCUUCCAUCCCAGCCCCGCCCUGGCUUUUGAGCCAAGAUGGAGAGCCUCGGCUAUCUGGUUCUGUUUUGCACUCAGCUUAGCAGCUGCAGAGGCAAAUCCAAGCCAACUCUCAGAGGUUUCUAUGUUAUCUGCAUUAUACACAAGAAGAAAACAAGGUUCCUUUAAGAGCCUCAUGGCUGAGAGAGAUGCCAAAGCCAAAGAUGAAUCAAACCCAUGUCCUCUGAUGUACAGGACCUAAACCUUGCCAGUGGGUGCAGUGCCUGCAGGCUGUCAAGUGGACAAGAAGCAGCCCUAUCCUAACCAGGAUCGGUUCCCUCCUCUCAGGCACCCACAGACCCUGUGCUUCUCUGCCUCAGUGCACCUCGUUCAUUUGCAGACCAGUAUGAACUCUCCCUUUCUCACCUUGCUCCCUCACUGUCAUUCUUCACCCAUUAAGCAAGCAUAGUUUGGAGUUUGACAUUAUUGAAUGUAAUCUCUCCAUUGAACAGAUAAGGAAAACAAAGUUUAGUGCUUGCUCAGAGUCACACAAGUCAAUGGCAGAAACUGUAGGAGAAAAGGUAGAAAAGCAGCUGGACUGUUGCAUAGUGGGAGAGCAUUUGCCUUGCACUCUCAAGACCCUGAGCUAAGUGCCCAGCAGCGUCACCUGUGUGGUUUCUUACUCUCGGCAGUCGCAGCACAAGACAGUACCAGCUAUCGUGCCUAUCCUCACCAGGCGUGGAAAGUAAUAAGGAAGACCCUCUCAGACUCUCCACUCAUUCUCUAGACCUGUGGGUACAGGGAGAAAAGGGAGCCCUGGGCCCAAACACAGAACCUGCUCCAUCAGCUUUCCUCUGCCUGACCCAUAGUCUGCCAGGGCACUCAGUAAUGUACAAGACGAUGAAAACACCAUUCUCUCUGGCCCAUUUUACAGAUGAGGAAACUGGGUCCCAGAGAAAGUUAAAGUCUCAGAGAACCAAUGGGCAAAUCCAGGGCUAGAACCCUCACCAGGGCAGCUAGUGGGGUCUAGGUGCUACUGCACACAGCACUCUUUCUCGGCCUGGAGGCCAUAAUAUGGCCCCUGUGCCUGAGCUCUGAAAACACUAUAUCAUGCUGCUGCCACCUCCCACGACUGGCCACUGCCAGGCCCUGGGAUCAGC